UUUGCAAAGGUACAGUGCUCUGUAGGAUCUCUUGGUACAAACAACUAGCCACCAACCUCAUCAUCAUCAUGAAGUGCGACGCUGUGAUCGAGAAAAUUAAGGCCCGUGUUGCCGGUAUUGACCCGAACGGUCCACGCAAGGUUCUCGGUGUGUUCCAGCUGAACAUUGAGGCCGCCGAUGGCCUGCAUGAAAUUAUUGUCGAUCUGAAGGCACUGAAGGUGUCGGACGGUAAGGCCAGUUCGCCUGAUGUGGUGAUCAACCUGAAGGAUGAGGACUUUAUCGCCAUCGGUACGAAGGCAAUCCCGGUUAAGGAUGCCGUCGCCCAGGGCAAGGUGUCCAUGACUGGCGAUCAGAACCUGUUCCAGGCCCUGGUUGAUGCGAUCUAAACGAAGAGACUGAAUGAUUUGUUAAAAAUAAAUAUUUGGAGUGUUUCCUCUAUCUCCAAGUUGCUACACAUCGAGUU